UUGUCUAUAGCAAAAUGAAAUUUUUUGAUUGUUUUCUGCUCUUCACGUUUGUGAUAUUUCUUAGUUUUGUUCGAUCAAGUUCACAACCGUCAGGUCGUAAAGUUCAACGUGGAUUGCGCCUGAUAAGGCGCAUGCACCCUGGAAGACAUUUUAGGGAACUCGCAAUAGUUGAUGAGGAAAUGAGUAUUGAGCACCCACUUACUCGGCAAGAAAGGUUAAUGAUCCAAGAGCACCACCGUAUCCCAGAUCGACUACUGCGACCACAACAAGCAUCGCCACGCCAACAACCAAGGCCGUGCCAACAGCAAACACCACGCCAACAAACAAGACCAUGCCAACAAUCAUGGCUACGUCAACAACAAACGCCCAGUCAGCAACCAACGCCAUGUCAACAAACAACAGUCCAUUUCAAAGAUGGUGAUUUCAUGUACCGUGGUCCAUUUCCUAUUGGAAAGGUCAAAGGUGGAGCUAUUUAUGAGCAUCCAGUUCGAAACGGUCAACAAAAGAUAGUCGAGCCUGAAACUGGUGAUAAGUUGCUGCACAGUGGAGCCUGUAUUGGAAAGUACGAUAAUGGAUGGCAGCGUUUCUAUCAGCAGGGUUAACAUGCAUUUCUCGUUCAGCGGGAAAUGAGCUGGUGAAGCCUUUUUCAACAGAUUACCUGUAAACAAUUAAGUGAGGAAAGAGAGGAAAGACAACUCCAACAAGAACAAUGCUAGCUAGCCCUUCCAAAAGGUCGAAAAAUUUAAAUAUCGAAAG